AUGGAGGUAGAUAACCUAGAUGAUGGUACAGUACAGCCACAACCUUUCGUUAGUUUUACUAACGUUCUGAAGGACUAUGUCACCGAGUUCUUAGGAAAAUCUGAGGAGCACGAGUACGAUACUGUUGCAGAUAAUGACCCUGAUCCAUUCGACAUAAUAAAAGAAUUUAGAUCUAUUGCAGCCCAAUCAGCUGCCCAUCUGAUAAGUUCCGGAAAAGGUGACAUUACAUCAAGUAAUGAUUGGGAAUUAGAAGCAAGAUUUUGGCACUUAUUAGACCUUUUACUAAGCUUCCGAGUAGCGAAUGAACAAGAUAAUUUCGAUACAACAACUUCGUCGCAUAUGUCAAUCAAUUCCUAUAAUUCAAAUGCUGUAUUCGAAAAGAAGUUGAUGCAUGAGAAUAAAAGUUUAUAUCAGAUUUGGAUAAUAAUUGUUUGGUUGCAACAGAAUAUGCCAGAAAUAGAAAGACCAGAAAACCUGAUGACAUCGAAGUGGUCUAAUUCGUUGAUUGCGGGUGGUUUAAAAAGUGCAGAUUUAGACUAUCCUUUACGUGAUCCUCAAAACUCAAACAACAUUGAUAUAAAGGAUAAGGAGCAGGAUCACAUUUUCUUCCAAUACAUUUACAAUUUAUUAAUUGCAGGUAAAUUUGAGGAAGCAUUUGAGGAGUGUAGAGUUUCAGAAAAUUUAACGUUGUGCAUGAUUAUGUGUGGUAUGCAAGAAUACCUAAAUCCAAAGAUUGAUGAACAAUUAGCUUCAGAAUUUGACACACAAUUGGGAAUCAAAAAGCAUACUUUAUGGAGAAGUACAGUAUACAAUUUAUCUCAGCAGACACAACUCGAUGCUUACGAACGGGCAAUUUACAGUUUUUUAUCAGGCACUAUGCCCAAUGACGACGUUCUUGCCGAAACAAAUUGGGAAACAGAAUUAUUACUAAAUUUGAAUCAAAUUAUUCAAAUUGAAGUGGACAAUUAUCUAUUGAAAGAAGGUAAAGGUGAUGUUAAUGAAAUUAUCACACCAAUUCCAAGGCAAUCGCCGACAUUAGAAACAGUUCUGAAUGUUGUAUCAUCCAAACAUAUGGAUGAGAGUACACAUCCUGUUAGAACAUUAGUUGGCUCUGUUAUUUUAAAUACAUUACCUACGAUGAUUCAUUCAUCUGUCGAUAUGUUACUAGAUAUCGUUAGAGGAUUUGAAACAAGUAAUGAUUUACUGGAUGAGCCUUACUUGUUGAGAAUCGUAACUCAUUUGGCUAUAACACUGGAUAUAAUUGAACCUGGGAUUGUUUCGACUUCAGAUAAAGUUAAGCUGGUUACUGCAUAUAUUUCUGUGUUAAAAUUGCAUGGUCUCUAUGAAUCAAUUCCAGUUUAUAUAAGUUUCCUAGGAGACUCAAACGCAGUUGACGCAUAUUCGUUUAUCUUAUGCACAAUUGAAGAUUCCGGUAUUAGAGAAUCCCAAUUGGAUUUAAUGAAUCUACUGAGACUUCCAAAAAAUAAUAUUUUAAAAAAAACGACCGAACGUGUCUUCCAGGAAACUGAAUCUUACUACUCCCCAAAUGAAUCUAUAGAUGUAACAGAUGAAAUAUCUGAUAUAGAUAGACAUUUAUUGUUUGGAGUAGAAUGGCUAAUUGAAGGACGAUUAUAUACAGAUGCACUACAUUCCAUGAUAGCGAUGUCCAGACGGCUAUUAAUAAAUGGUAAGGUAGGGACGCUUCAAUAUUUCAUGGAAUGUAACAAGAUUGAAGAACUGAUUAAGGAUUAUAGGGCAGAGUUGAUAUCACUGGACAACUCAAAUUUUGUUGAGGAUGAUGUUAUUAUCAAGGAAAUCCAACAGUAUCAGUCACUUGUAACAGGUUUCAAAAAAUAUAGAGAUUGGCAAAAAGCUAUAAAACUUCUGAAUUCGGAGUCGAAUAUACCGACUUUAAUAGAAAUAUUUCAACAGUAUUCAAAAUAUUCAAUAGAUUUGGCAAAGAGUUUCUUAAUAUCUCUGACAGAGGACGAAAACGCAGAUGAUUUUGCUGUGUUGUAUGAAAUAAGAGCCUUAUACACACCAUACUUAAUUAUCGAACUGCACAAGGGCUUAGUGGAAGCAGCUGAAUUACUUAAGAUACCUACUUUUAUAAGUGACGCAUUGGGUUUCACCAAUUUGGUCGCUAAUGAGACAGAUAAAAUAUACCUUUUGUUCCAGUCUUGUGGAAGGUUGAAGGAAUAUUUAAAAUUAGUUGCACACACGGCAACCCUUGUAGCAUAA